AGCGUGCAGGCCUAGGGUGGGGACUUUUAUAGUAAAAUAGAAAGACAACACUGAAAGCUUUCCAAAGUUGUCUGCAUUCGUUGGACAAACACCAGUGGAGAGAUGCUAUGCUAUGUUAUGCCAAUCAUGUAGUAGCAGCCAUUACUGAUUUCCCCUCAGAAAUGUUUAUUUAGUAAGAAAAGAAUAAAAAAGAGAGAACCAAAAUCUGGUAAUUAAGAUCUUCUCUUCAGAAGAUGUGUAACAGUAACACCCUCAAGUUCAACCCCUUUAAGAACCGUUUGCUAAUAAUGUUCGUGCUGGUUCUUUCUCUCCCCUCCAAUGUUCAAUCCCAAGCCAAAGAUAGUGAAGAAAAGAACCUGCCAGAACUCCCUCAAAUGGUUCAUCCAAGCAAGGGAAUAAUAAUAGCAGUUCUCUCCACAAUGUUUGCCAUAGCAUUUCUCUUACUUCUCUAUGUUAAAUUCUGUCGAGUUAUCCCUCAUGAACUCCUUAGGCAAAACUCAAAUCUCCAAAACUUUCAGGGCCUAACUCGACCAAGGUCUAGAGUUUCUGGUAUUGACAAACAAGUAAUUGAAACACUUCCUUACUUCAAGUUUUCUUCCCUUAAGGGUUCCAAAGAAGGCCUAGAAUGCACGGUUUGUCUCUCAAAAUUUGAGGACACGGAGACUCUAAGGCUUCUUCCAAAGUGCAAGCACGCUUUCCACAUGAAUUGCAUUGACAAGUGAUUUGAAAGCCACUCUACGUGCCCUCUUUGUAGACGCAGGGUUGAAGCAGGGGACA